AUGCUUUCUCGUUCUGUCCGUGCAUUGAGGCACGUUCCAACUCCAGUUCUCUCCAGAUCUUAUGCUCUUUCCUCUAGGGCCCAGGCCCUCAUCUCCAAGCCUGUCAGUGAGGUUGACCCAGAGAUGGCUCAGAUCUUGCAAGAGGAAAAGGACAGACAAAGAAACUCCAUCACUUUAAUUCCUUCCGAGAACUUCACUUCGAAGGCUGUCAUGGACUUGUUGGGUUCCGAGAUGCAGAACAAAUACUCUGAGGGUUACCCAGGUGAGAGAUACUACGGUGGUAACGAAGUGAUCGACAAGGCUGAAUCUCUUUGCAGAAAGAGAGCUUUAGAGGCCUUCAACUUGGACCCGGAGCAGUGGGGUGUCAAUGUGCAACCAUUGUCCGGUGCUCCAGCCAACUUGUACGCUUACUCCGCUAUUUUGGAGGUUGGUGACAGAAUCAUGGGUUUGGACUUGCCUCACGGUGGUCACUUGUCCCACGGUUAUCAAACCCCAACUGCUAAGAUCUCUUACAUCUCCAAGUACUUCCAGACCAUGCCUUACCGUUUGAACGAGGAGACUGGUUUGAUCGACUACGACACCUUGGAGAAGAACGCCAUUUUGUUCAGACCAAAAGUGAUCGUUGCCGGUGCCUCUGCAUACUCUAGAGUCAUUGACUACAAGAGAAUGCGUGCUAUUGCAGACAAGGUUGAUGCUUACCUUUUGUCGGAUAUGGCCCAUAUCUCCGGUUUGGUUUCUGCCGGUGUCACCGACUCUCCAUUCCCAUACUCUGAUAUCGUCACUACUACCACCCACAAGUCUUUGAGAGGUCCACGUGGUGCCAUGAUUUUCUUCAGAAAGGGUAUCAGAAAAGUCACCAAGAAGGGUAAGGAGAUCCCAUACGACUUGGAGAGAAAGAUCAACUUCUCCGUGUUCCCAGCCCACCAAGGUGGUCCUCACAACCACACCAUCUCUGCUUUGGCUGUCGCUUUGAAGCAGUGUACCUUCCCUGAGUACAAGCAAUAUCAGCAAGAGGUUGUUGACAAUGCUAAGGCAUUUGCUGAUGCCUUGAAGCUGAAGGGAUUUAACUUGGUUUCCGACGGAACUGACACUCACUUGAUUCUCGUGGACUUGCGCUCCAAGGGUAUCGAUGGUGCCCGUGUGGAGGCUGUCUUGGAGAGAGCUAACAUUGCUGCUAACAAGAACACUGUGCCAGGUGACAAGUCCGCCUUGUUCCCAAGUGGAUUGAGAGUUGGUACUCCAGCCAUGACCACCAGAGGUUUUGGACCAGAGGAAUUCGCCAAGGUUGCUGAGUACUUCCAGAGAGCCGUGGACAUCUCCAUUGCUUUGAAGGCACAGGAGCAGGGUACCGUUGCCAAGGAGUUAUUGGCCAGCUUCAAGAAAUUGGCCGACGAAAGUGCUGAUGUCAAGGCCUUGGAUGACGAGGUGAAGCAAUGGGCUGCACAGUACCCAGUUCCAGGCGACCUUUAA